AUAUUUCUUCGUAAGAUAAAUUAUUUUCGCGUAAGAUAAAUUAUUCUUUUUUAACCAUCUUCCGUGCGCAUAUAUACUUGCAACAGAAAACUGGUAUUAUGUAAGAAAUAAUGGUUUCUUGGUCUUUUUAGUUUUUUUUUUAAAUCGGAAGAGCAAACUCUUAUAGACAGAUAUAAAUAUUAACAAUAAAAUUUAAAUACUUACGUAUAAACUCCAACUGCACCAAGGUAAGCAUCUCGACUAGGUAGAGUCACAAAUCUAACAUCACACACACGUGGCCAAAAAUAAUAAGCCUUUCGAUGCGUCGUGUGCACUCUAUGGUGGAAUUCGUCAGCGUGAAACAGUCACGUGGCUGUGUGACAGAUUUAUAGGUACGCGAAUUGAAAUUUUUAUAAACGUUUCGCGAUUCUAAGAUUAACAGAAAAAAUGGAAUCAACUGAAAUAAAUGAGGAAAACGAUGAAAAACCGAAGAGUUUUCACGAACUAGAGUUAGACGACAGGAUAUUAAAGGCCAUUGCUAAAUUAGGCUGGUUGGAACCUACAUUAAUACAAGAGAAGACAAUACCCUUGUUACUGGAAGGAAAGGAUGUCUUAAUCAGAGCUCGUACAGGUUCUGGCAAGACCGCGGCAUUUGCAAUACCGCUCAUUCAGAAAAUAUUAACAAACAAACGCAUGCAGAUCAAGCAAGAAGUUAAGGGUCUAAUUGUUGCACCCACUAAGGAAUUAUGCAAGCAAAUUCACGAUGUCAUUGUGAAUUUGACUGUGAAAUGUUCUAGAGAAGUCAGAGUGGUUGACAUCAGUCCGCAGAUAGAUGUAAAUGCUCAAAAACCGUUAUUAAAUGAAAUGCCAGAUAUUGUUGUCGGUACACCAGGCCGGUUACUGCAACAUUUAAAAGCGGGAAACUUGAAGGUGAAACACAGCCUGGAAACGUUAAUAAUUGACGAAGCUGAUCUGUUAUUUUCAUUCGGUAAGGAGAACGAUAUUAAAACGGUUUUAACGUAUUUGCCAGUGGCGUAUCAAGCAGUUCUAGCAUCAGCUACGUUGUCUGAAGAUGUUCAGACAUUGAAAAAAUUAGUUUUACAUAAUCCUGCAAUUUUGAAGCUGGAAGAACCACCUUUAGCACCUCCCACCCAAUUGGUUCAUUACACACUGGCUGCAGAGGAAAAUGAUAAAGCUGCUAUUUUAUAUGCUUUAUUAAAAUUGAAUUUAAUUAGGGGAAAGACCAUAAUAUUUGUAAACACAGUUGACAGAUGUUACAAAUUGAAGCUGUUUCUUGAGCAGUUCGGUAUUCCGACUUGUGUAUUGAAUUCUGAGUUACCGGCAACUUCCCGAUGUCGGGCAGUUACACAAUUCAACACUGGCACUUACUCUAUCAUAAUCGCAUCGGAUGAACAAGCUCUAGAAGAGCCGCACGUGGUAAAAACACAGAAAAGCAAACGGAAGAAAGAUAAGGAAUCGGGUGUGGCUCGUGGCAUUGACUUCCAAUUUGUAUCUAAUGUGAUCAAUUUUGAUUUCCCAUUGGAUGUGAAUUCUUACAUACAUCGUGCGGGACGUACUGCUCGCGGCAAGAAUACAGGAACCGCUCUUAGUUUUGUAUCAAUCAGAGAACGAACACUGAUGGAGGAAGUAGGAGAUCAAUUAAAGCGUACCUACCAGUGUGAAAAUCUAUUUAAGACUUACAUGUUCAAAUUGGAAGAAGUGGAAGGCUUUCGGUAUCGUGCAAAAGAUGCUUGGAAGGCUGUUACAAGAAUCGCUGUUCGAGAGGCGCGAUUAAAGGAGAUCAAACAGGAAGUUCUGAAUUGCGAAAAACUCAAAAGCUACUUUGAGGAUAAUCCGCGAGAUCUGCAGUCACUGCGCCAGGACAAGGCAUUACACACAGUGAAAUUGCAAUCACAUUUGAAGGACGUACCUGAAUACAUAAUACCACCAACCUUGAGAAAUUUAGGAAUAGGAAAAAGAAAAAGGAAGUUUGAUAGAGAUGCGGUACAAUCAAAAGCAACAGCUGUCAAAUCGAAGUAUCAAGCUCGAGCGUCGAAUCCGUUGAUCAGUUUGCAGAUACCAGACGAAAAAAAAAAAUAAAUGAAUGAAUGAAAUAAAUUGUAUUGGGUUGUAAGAGCCGUUUGCAGGAUGUUGUG